GGUACACCGGUGGAUUGGGUUGGGCGGACGACUACACGUCUCUCCCCAAAAUGGGGUGGUUCGAUGGGGUGACGACGAAAUGGGUCCUGAAGGACGUUCGUGCGUUGCGUUUGAACUGGAAGUCAUCACCUGGGCAGAACCACAUGGAAACUCGGUACGCACAGAAGACGUAUCUGGUGCGUAUGACAUGCGGAAUCGUGCGGUGCAGACGGCAAUGCACGAUGCGUAAGUUGGACAAGCACGCGCGUGGCCAGCCGGAUAGUCGCGGGAUAUCCGGAAAUCGCGCAGUCCUUAUUCGCCAGCCCGCGAAUAAGACACAAGUUCACAACAAUACUGGAAGGAGAAACUUUCAUGUGUUGAUCGAAGGUUUAAAGUCGGCAACGCUUAGGGGCGAGGAAGCUGACCGGAAACCGAAAUGGACUGUCAAAGAACUCAGGCAAGGAAAGAUCGAUCAAGAGAAGCUGACGAAGGAGCUGGGCGUCGAAGAUCGAGAGGAUGACAGUUCAAAAUUCUCGCCGAACUACGAACGCUAUCAAGUCGGGAACUUCGAGACGGUUAAGCGCAAGUAUAAAGACCACCAACUCGGAGAGCCGGUUGCCGUGAAGCCUCGAUCCAGGUGGAAAGUGCGUGGAAGGCAGGCUCAAUUCGCUGAAUGUGAAGAGGGCGUUCUACUUCCGCUGGGUCACAUCGCUAGCUUGGAAAUGCCGUUGGAAGUCUUCAAGUUGUGGAACCAAGGAUUGUUACGGAGGCGUGUUGCGGAAAUUAGGAAAUUACGAGGAUUGGUGAGGCCAGCGGUGGAGCGAAACAUGCAGAAACUGGCGCGCUUUGAUGUUAAGCGUGUAAGGCUGAACCGAAAGAUCCGGACCAGCUUAACGGGUCGGGGUAUGUUACGGAGCGGCGCGCGCAAUGUCAGGCAUGUACACCCCUCGGCGAUGCAAAGAGCAAUACGUCGUGUGUCAUGUUUGUUGCUCUCACAUUGUCACCGCAGCAAACGUCACGAAACGUCAGUCGCGAUGAUUGGUGAAAUUGAAAUGAACGAGUUGAAUUGAAAGUGCGAAUAUUUAAUAUUGUGAUUAGUUCAGUAACUUGGAUUAUCGCUGUAAGAUUCUCGCUGGACCGCGGGGAAGAACCGGUUGGAAAUUUGUUAUUACCUAGGAGCUGCGGAUUGAUUACAUUUCGCACGAACACGGCAUUGCUUAUCUGUUGGAGGACAGACACGGAUAGGGUGACCAAUGUACUUAAAAUUAAACUUAAGCCUAGAAUUACUAUUAAUUUGAAUAAAUUUAGCUUUUA